AAGCGUGUGUGUGUGUGAUUAUAAUCAUAGUUGUCAUUUGUCAAUUAUUCGAAGAGUUGAUUCGUAAGCAGUGUUGAGAUUCUUUCAAGAUGGGUCUUACAAUUUCUAGUGUUUUAACCAGGCUUUUUGGAAAAAAGCAGAUGCGAAUCUUAAUGGUUGGAUUGGAUGCGGCCGGUAAAACAACCAUCCUGUACAAACUCAAGCUGGGUGAAAUUGUGACAACGAUUCCGACAAUCGGAUUCAACGUUGAAACCGUAGAGUACAAGAACAUCUGCUUCACCGUAUGGGACGUUGGCGGUCAGGAUAAGAUCCGGCCUUUGUGGCGUCACUAUUUUCAAAACACCCAAGGCUUGAUCUUUGUGGUCGAUUCCAACGAUAGGGAGCGAAUUGUGGAGGCGGAAAAAGAACUACAAAGUAUGCUACAGGAGGACGAAUUACGAGAUGCCGUUCUGUUGGUGUUUGCCAACAAACAGGAUCUACCGAACGCGAUGACCGCCGCUGAACUGACUGACAAGUUGCACCUUAACCAGCUGCGGAACAAGAAGUGGUACAUUCAGGCGACGUGCGCCACGCAGGGCCAUGGACUGUACGAGGGCCUUGACUGGUUGUCGAACGAACUGGCCAAACAGUGAUGCGCAGACGGUGGUUGGACUUUGCUUGACGGUUAGGCCGCGUAUUGGGUGGCAUCUGGCAAACAAGCAAACACACGCUGAUCGAUUUAUCUCGUUGUCGUUGUCAUCGUUGUCACCAUCGACAUUCAGUCCUGUCCUGUUUUGUGCGGUUGUUUGCAUUCUUCUUUUUUAUUCUAAUUCCAAGACAAGUAGGAUCCACCAUACUUUGUAUAAUCUGUUAUAGAAUGAAUGAAAAAUAAUGAAUAUGAAGGUAAUAAUACUAAAAUUAAUUGCGGAAAAAACGCUGUGAAUCGAUUCAUUUGUUUGCAAACGCUGCUUCAUUAGGUAAUUGGUAGGUUUCUUUCUGUCGCGAUAAAACAAUUUUUUGCUGUUCCAAUUCGGAUAGAACUUAGUAUAAUAAGUAAAAAAUACAUUCUUAAUGAGAAAAAAAGUUCGGAUAGCAAACCGAAUACAUGAAUGAAAUGGGCAUUUGUUAAAAGGAUGAAUGAAAUACAAAUCACAAAACUGAAACACAUUUUUUCUUUCAUGUGUGUGAGAAAAUUAGUUUGAUAAUAUUCCAAACUAUCAUUCUCUUUGGGAGCUAUUUUUUAUUGAUUAUCUACUGUUUGAACAAGUUAGAACUAUCCUCCCGUACGGCGUGAUUAAUUUGAAAUAUGAAUUUUAACAGAUCAGAUUGUCUCGGAUAUAAAAAUCAACAAAAAAAAGGUAGUUUAAGAAUUUUUUUCGUCAAAAUUUAUCGAGAGAAAGGAGGAGAAGCUAAGGAAGACGAAUAUACGUUCCACACCAUCGAUCGGUAUAUGAUUCGUACACAAGAACAAUCUUGUUAGAUAAACGCAAUUCUGAAAAUAUUAUUUUCUGUAAAUUUAAGUGAUAUUUUACCGUAAAUAAAGAAUUAAACUAACAUAAAA